AAAAGUUUUCCUCCGACUCGCGAAAAGACGAGCGGACAUGGAUGAAAAGGAGCUGUUUGUGUGAACAACCGAGCAGAAAACUUUCUCCGCACGGUAAAAGAAUGAUAACAUAGCUAGCUAGCACUUCGUGUUGCUUUGCAUGAGAGGACACGAAAAACUCGACUGUGGGAAAGUUUGAAGCAGGGGACUGGCGAUGGCGCGGGAGAGCGAAGACACCGGGAUGGCCAAAGCUUCAAAAGUCAAAAGGCAAAGAAAGAAGAAAACCAAGGAGAGCAAAACCAGGAUUGUCCACGCAAACAUACUGUAUGAUCACGCCAAAGGGGAGGAAAACCCGAACCGACACUAUGCAAACAACAAGAUUAAGACGACCAAAUACACUGUGCUGUCUUUCCUGCCAAAGAACCUUUUUGAGCAGUUUCAUAGGUUUGCCAAUGUUUACUUUGUUUUCAUCGCUUUGCUGAAUUUUGUUCCAGUUGUCAAUGCGUUUCAGCCGGAACUUGCUCUGGCUCCUGUCGUUUUCAUUUUGUCUGUCACUGCCAUCAAAGACUUGUGGGAGGACUACAGGAGACACAGGUCGGAUAAAGAAAUCAAUCACAUGGACUGUCUGGUCUACAGCAGAGUGGAGAGACGUUAUGUGGAGAAGUACUGGAAGGAGGUGCGGGUGGGAGACUUCAUCAGGCUGCGUUGUAACGAGAUCCUCCCCGCCGACGUCCUGCUGCUGAGCUCCAGUGACCCCGACCGCCUGUGCCACAUCGAGACCGCCACACUGGACGGAGAGACCAACCUCAAGCAGAGGCAGGUCGUCCGCAGCUUCUUUGACCUGGAUUGUGAUUUUGACCCCUUGAAGUACAACAGCAUAAUUGAAUGUGAGAAGCCCAACAACGACCUGAACAGAUUCCGAGGCUACAUAAUCCAUCGAAGUGGCAGAAGAGAUGCACUUUACAAAGAAAACCUGCUGCUGAGAGGCUGCACCAUCCGCAACACAGAAGAGGCUGUAGGAAUAGUCAUUUAUGCAGGUCACGAGACCAAAGCCAUGCUAAACAACAACGGCCCACGCUACAAGCGCAGUAAACUGGAGAGACAGAUGAAUGUAGAUGUGUUCUGGUGUGUCAUCAUCCUGCUGGUCAUGUGCCUGUUUGCUGCUGUUGGUCAUGGGCUGUGGAUGUUUCAGUACGGAGAUAAGAGACCUGUGUUUGACGUUCUUAGUCCAGAGGGGACAGACUUAUCACCUAUCAUGUCCGCUAUUUAUCUCUUCCUUACUAUGAUCAUCGUCUUUCAGGUGCUGAUACCCAUCUCCCUUUUUGUGUCGAUUGAGAUUGUCAAGAUCUGCCAAGUGUACUUCAUCCAUCAGGACAUGGAGCUGUAUGACGAGGAGACAGACUCUCACCUGCAGUGCAGAGCUCUUAAUAUCACUGAGGAUCUUGGCCAGAUGCAAUACAUCUUCUCUGACAAGACAGGCACGCUGACAGAGAACAAGAUGGUGUUCCGCCGCUGCACUGUGGCAGGGGUGGAGUACUCCCAUGAUGCCAAUGCUCGAAGACUUGCCAUGUACCAGGAGAUGGAUUCUGAGGAAGAGGAGUGUACAUCUCACGGUGGCACCCUGCCCAGGCGGGACAGCGUGACCAGCCACCAGAGUGCCCGGGUGGUGCUGCGCUCCCAGAGCACAAAGUCCCACCGCAGGACGGGCAGCAGGGCAGAGGCCAAGCGAGCCAGCAUCCUGUCUAAGCACACGGCGUUCAGCAGCCCCAUGGAGAAAGAUAUCACCCCCGACCCUCAGCUCCUUGACAAAGUCAACGAAUGCAGCAGUCAGUUGGACUUCAUGCGCUUCCACAGCCAGCCCAUGUCCCAGCUGCCCUCUGACCUGGCUGACAUCAUUGAUUUCUUCAUCGCUCUCACCAUCUGCAACACGGUGGUGGUGUCCUCCCCCAACCAGCCCAGGCAGAAGGUCCGGAUGAGGUUUGAGCUGAAGUCCCCAGUUAAGACCAUCGAGGACUUCAUCAAACGCUUCACCCCCAGCCGACUGACCUCGGGCUCCAAUAACAGCAGCUCCUCCAGCCUCAUCACCAACCGCUCCUCCAACAAGGGAUGGUCCAGCAUGUUGUCCUCCCCCUCUGCAGACAGCACGCUCACCAAACUGGACGAGGAGCAGCCUCCCAGAGGCCUGGAGCGCGCCUUUGGCCCCGUUCCGCCCUGCUACGACGGGAAGGCGUGGAACCUGGAGGAGGGUGAACUCCGAUAUGAGGCAGAGUCGCCCGACGAGGCUGCACUGGUCUACGCCGCCAGGGCCUACAAGUGCUCCCUUGUCGGACGCCUCCCUGACCAGGUGACUGUAGAACUGCCACACUUGGGGAAGCUGAGCUUUGAGCUGCUGCACACACUUGGCUUCGACUCCACCAGGAAACGCAUGUCUGUUGUGGUUCGGCACCCUCUGACGGAUCAGAUCACCGUCUACACUAAAGGAGCAGACUCUGUCAUCAUGGACCUCAUCAAACCUCCCGACACAGGAAACUCCAAAGGCAAACGCCAGAAAAAGAUUGUCAACCGGACCCAAAACUACCUGAACCUGUACGCUGCAGAUGGCCUUCGCACACUGUGCAUUGCGAAAAAGAUUCUGAGCAAGGAGCAAUAUGCCUGCUGGCUGCAGCAUCACCUGGAGGCUGAGACGUCCAUCCAGGGAAGAGAGGAGCUGCUGUUUGAGUCGGCCCUGCGACUGGAGACAAACCUCCAGCUUCUGGGAGCGACAGGCAUUGAGGACCGGCUGCAGGACGGUGUGCCUGAAACCAUAGCCUCCCUGCGGAAGGCCGGCCUGCAGAUUUGGGUGCUGACGGGCGACAAACAGGAGACGGCCGUCAACAUUGCGUAUGCCUGCAAGCUGCUGGACCCUGAGGAGGAGAUCCUGACACUGAAUGCUGAUUCUCAGGAGGCGUGUGCGUUGUUGCUGGAGGAGAGUUUGCACUACAUCCAGGCCAAAUUCCUCUGCAGCUCUGCAGACCAAGCUGCCAAGGCCUUCCACAGUAACUUUGCACCCUUUGAGAUCUAUCACUCCUCAUCUCCAUCCACCUCAUCCUCCCACACCGCUCCCUUCAUGGUGCACCGGCUGGGCCUGGUAAUUGACGGGCGGACUUUGGCCUAUGCCCUGGAUAAGAGUUUGGAGGAUAAGUUUCUGGCUGUUGCACGGAGCUGCCGCUCAGUGCUCUGCUGCCGCUCCACGCCACUGCAGAAGAGCAUGGUGGUCAAACUGGUGCGGAACAAGCUGAAGGUCAUGACUCUAGCCAUAGGUGAUGGGGCCAAUGAUGUCAGCAUGAUCCAGGUAGCAGACGUGGGCGUGGGCAUCUCGGGACAGGAGGGCAUGCAGGCGGUGAUGGCGAGCGACUUCGCUCUCCCACGUUUCCGGUAUCUCCAGAAGCUCCUGCUGGUCCACGGACACUGGUGCUACUCCCGCCUGGCUAACAUGAUUCUCUAUUUCUUCUACAAGAAUGCUAUGUUUGUAGCGCUCAUCUUCUGGUAUCAGUUCUACUGUGGAUUCUCAGGUUCAGCCAUGAUUGACCAGUGGUAUCUUAUCUUCUUCAACCUGAUGUUCUCCGCCUUCCCACAACUCAUCACUGGCACUCUGGACAAAGACGUGUCAGCAGAGACUCUCCAACAACUACCUCAGCUCUACGUGAACGGCCAGAACUCCGAGGAAUAUAAGCCAUAUAUGUUCUGGAUGAACAUGAUCGAUGCCUUCUACCAAAGUCUGAUCUGCUUCUUCAUUCCUUACUUUGCCUAUGCUGACUCUGACGUGGAUCUGUUUACAUGGGGAACACCCAUCACCACCCUCGCUUUAUUCACCAUUCUGGUGCACUUGGGCAUUGAGACCAAAACCUGGACCUGGAUGAACUGGAUGUCUAUCGCCUUCAGUAUCGCCUUAUUCUUCACAGUGGCUCUGUGUUACAAUGCUUCCUGUCCCACCUGCUACUCCCCCUCUAACCCCUACUGGACCAUGCAGAGGCUCCUGCAGGACCCCCUCUUCUACCUGCUCUGUGUCAUCACGCCUGUAACAGCGCUGCUGCCCAGAUAUUUCUACAGGGCGUGUCAAGGCACACUGUUUCCCAGCCCAGUCCAAGUUGGAAGACAGUUGGACAAACUCCCCGCUGAAACCCGCAGGAACAUCCUCAGCCUGAGCAGGGUCAAGGUGGGGUCACCGCUCAGCCCCAAGCCUCCCUUCCUGUCCCUCAGUAAGCCCUCCCCUAAAGGUUGCAAUAAAAAAGACCAGAAGAGCUUCCUCAGCUCCAAGACCUCACAGGGGCCUGUUUUACAAACAGAUGAACAGAGCAGGAGGGGGCUACCGGGGCCCACAGACAGUGAGAAGGGCCUCUCGGAUCUCUACACUGUAGUUCCUACAGAAAUAGACACUCUUCCUUACACCAAAGACGCCCCUCCGCUCUCGGGGGAGCUGCUGCCUCCUUCCACCAGACACUCGCAGUGUCUCGAUAAGACUUUAGAGGCGUCAGAUGUGAGCGUGUCCAGCUGGAUCACCUCCACGCCUGUGCCCACACAGACAGACAGCGUCCAGCUGAACCUCCCCCCUGACGGAGACUCUCAGUCUGUCAAAUACAUGAGGAACUCUGAGGAAAGACUGCAGCCUGACCACGCCGUCCGUCCAGCACGGAGGACAGAGCAGGUGGCGGAUCAGUCGCUGCACACCACCUUGUGAGGUCUCAAGUGUGUCACUCAGACUGACUUCAAUUUGCACGAUAGUUUUUUAAAAUCUAAUUUUAUUGUAUUUUUCAAGGAGAUUCUUUUAUAAAAGAUGCAAAUAGGUACUUUAUAUUUUGGAUGUUUAAGGUUAAAGAUAUUUUUGAGGUUUGGGAGAUGGAGGAACUGGAAUAUCUUCCGUUCUUUUUUGUAAUCCUGGGAAAUUUUUCUAUCACAGAGAUGCAUCUCAGUACUUGAUCAGGUUUUAAUGUAAGGAAGAGUAGAUACAUUCCACUGCUGGCUGAUUAGGGAGUUUGUUUUCUCUCUGUGAAGUGGUACUCUGUUCGUUCGUUCAGCCUCGCCUGUAAAUGCAUCAAGACCUGGAUCAGAUGCCACUGUGGCUUUGAAUCUGUGUUGAUAUUCCAGAGAAGUUUUAUGUGUUUUAAGUCCCCACAGAAACAUGUUUCAGUGCAGAUUCUCUUUAAGAGAUUUCUCUUUAAUUCAGCCAAUAGUGACAUUGGCUCAGUGCACAGUUCAGUCUCGUUGCUGGUUUUGCAAAGAUUUCUUUUGCUUAAAGACUGAACAGUGUGUUUAUCGCUGUUCUGUCGUACAGUACAUUCCACUGAAUACCUAUGAGAGCUGUUGACUUUAAAUACAGUUAUGCAAGAAAAUGUUAUUUCUUUAUACGACAAGAAUCUACCAGAAUUUAUGCUGUGUGCGUGUGCGUGAGCGUGUGUGUGUGUGUGUAUGUCCACUCAUUGGAUCCGUUUUAACAGUGCCAGCCAGUUCCACAUUGAAAGAAUAGUUUGACAUUAUGGGAAAUACAUUUAUAUUGGGAGUGACUGCUAGUCUUGCUCUGUCCAAAUUUAAUAAAACAAUCCACCUUCCAGCACUUCUAAUGCCAUUAAUUGAUAUAUCUCGUUUGUUUAAUCCAUACAAAAACCUGAGUCUGGUCGUUGCCAUAAUGUUGCAAAGCAACCAAUAGAAACUACAGGAAAUCACCGUUCCAAACCAAGAAACUGCCCAGCAUGUAACCCCUGUAAAGCCACAAAAUGUUCCAUUUUUACACUUCAGUUUUUGCAUUGAUAAAAAAAAGAGAGCGUGUUAAUAAGUGAGCUCUACAGGUGCUAGUGGGCAGUUAUGUGGACAAAGCCAGGCUAGCUGUUCCCCCCUGCUUCCAGUCUUUAUGCUAAGAUAAGCUAAGAAAACCAUUGUUUGGCUUUAGGUUCACGCAAACACGUGAGUGGUAUUCAGUGAAGAUGGAGUCAGUAGCUGGUUAUCGUAUCAUAGCAUAAGGGCUGGAAAUAGUUAGCCUGGCUAGCAGCUAGCUUUGUCCAAAGCUAACAGAAUCUACCCACCAGCAGACUACUCCAAAGCUCACUAAUUAACAUUUUGUACCUUGUUUGUUUUAUUCUUAUAAAAAUUGGAGUCUUGUUGUCACUGUGAGGUUGCCAGGCCACCAAUAAAAACUCUGAAAGAUAAAAUUAAAUCCACAAAAUGUUUUUAUGUCCGUUUUCACGAAUCAAACAAAGAGAUGUAAGAUGUUAAUUAGGGACCUGCAGAGGUGCUGGUAGGCAGAGUUUUUUGGCUUGGGACUUAGCCCGGCUAGCUGUUUCACUGGCUUUCAGUCUUUAUGCUAAGCUAAGUAGCCAUCUCCUCGCUGUAGCUCCAUAUUUAGCAUACAAGCAUGAGUGAGGUAUCAAUCUUCUCGUUUAUCUGUCACUAAGAUAGCAAAUAAGUGUAUUUCCCAAACUGUCGGAACUGUUCCUUGAAGCACUGGUUAGUAGGUUGACAACAAGCUACCAUCAUGUUUCGUAAACAAGUUUACUUGAAGGUCUCUUUCUUCUUCGUGUGCUGAGCUUCUCUCAGCUCAGUCUGACUAAUUCCGCUGGUGCUCAGCUGUAAACCAAACGCUCUAUGGUGAAAGGAGGUCUUUCCCACAUGUAAAAGACGCGGCUUUAAGAGUUAAAUUUGCACUUUGAAAGCAUUACUUUAGAAUUGCCAUUGAGUAUUGUUGGUACCGGUGGCAUGUUCAGUGCUCAGUAUGAGAAGGAUGAGAAGUUUUUUUUUUUUUCCUUUCACACUUUUGAGAGGAAUCAUGAUGUUCUUGUCAUCAUGCACAAAUUAACUAGUAAAAUGGAAAGAUGCUACAGUUUGUUCAAUUGUAAAGCAUUUAAAGCAGUAGCACCUUUAAUAUUUUAUGAUUGUUGUGUAUCUUGUGUCAUUGCAGUACAUUUUUGUAAAGUGUAUCAUUCACCAAAGAUCAUUUAUAUUUCUGUAUUAUCUAAGCAAUAGUAUGUGCCUUAACACUGGAUAAGAAAUUACAAAUGGAAGAGUUUGCUUACUAUGUUGAAUCUGUAUUUGUUUGAAGAUGACGGCGCGUCUUUGAUCAACGAGGAGCAUUUAGUCUUGGUGUCGAGGGUAUUUAUGAGGCUGCAUGCUGUGUGGUUUCUCUCCUCCUGUCUGUUUUUGCACACGGUGCCUUUUUCUGGCAUGUUGUUCACAUUCUGACUGCGCAGUGUGUCCACUUCGUUUUAUAGGUUCUGUCUGCUCUGUGCUUUUGCCGUCACACUUUAUGUGCCAGGAUGAAGCUCGAGCGUAUUCGCUGCUGAAUUCCAACGUACCCACUUUCACAAAUUCCUCACAGCGACGUUCGCUCUCACCGCACACGGCCUUGAACAUAUCUGAGGUCGAUUUGUUGGCUUUUCAUUCGUUUUUUUUGGUCACAAGGUAGGCCUGCUCUAGGUUUCAUGCUUUAUAUGUAACGCUCAAAGGGGGGAAUUAUCUGCUGUUAAAUCACUGAGUUCAAUAUCAUUCAAGGUAUUAAUGUAGAUAUCUAACAGAACCGAGAUGACGUGUGUCUCUAAAUAAAUGAGCUGUAGCAAGCUGGAAACUGCAGCAAACAGCUUCACCAACCUGGAAAAGGUGUAUUUUAAGUUUUGUUCAGAUAGAAGCUCUUCUUACCAGAAAUUGCUUGCACCGGGCUACUUGUGAACAAAAUAAUAAUGAUAGUAAUAAAGUAUUUAUCCUUUGCUACCUGUUCGUUUGUUCAGAGAAAUGUACUCUUUGCUUAAUAAAACGUCUCAG